UACACUCUCUCAAAUGGCAAAUGGAUGUUGCAUGUACGUUCUCAUUACCUGAUGUGAUUUUUGACAAACUGAUUUUUUCAUCAUGGUUGGGAAUUUGUACGUCACCGACUCCAGCCCUUCUAUGAUGUAGACACACAAACCCAGUAUGACAGAUGUACAGCAGAAUGCAGACAGUCCUAAUCCCCCUCCAGGCUCACAAGUCCUCGGAGAACCAUCCGACCAAUUUCCUCAUACCCAGAAUCAUACAACAGACUUACUUGUCCCUACCCCUGGGGAUGGUGAGACAGAAGAAGCUAAUAGCUCCCAUGUGUUACGAGACUUUACCCAGGAGGAUGAACUCAGUGAUGUGACACUGCUGGUAGAGGGGACAGAACUCCACGUGCAUCGCCAGUACCUGGCGGAGUGGUCUCCAGUGUGGAGGAGAAUGUUUCUAGGCGGAUUUCUGGAGCAGCAGGCUCGUCAGAUCCCUCUUCCCGGUAAACGUAUCAAUGAGGUUACAGAACUACUGCACUGUAUCUACCCAUCACAGAAAUCCAUUUCAGAUGAGAAUGUCCGGUUCUUGUUGGAGUUAGCAGAGGAGUACCAGAUAGAUAAGAUUAAACAUCGCUGUGAGAAUUUCCUCAUCACCCAACAGAGCAGUCUAGAAGCACUUCACCUUGCCCAAAAGUUCAGACUACGCACACUCUAUCGUCAUUGUGUCAAUUUCUCAAAGACAAAAUCUUUAAGUGUACUUGAACGUAACCCUCACUAUGCAAAACUCAGUGCAGAAACCAAAGUGGAUGUGUUAAAAGCCAAAACAGAGAUGCUGAGCGAUUAUGCCAGCAGUUUGGCAAAACAAGAGACGUCGCUGAGUCGUAAGUGUGACCUGCUAACAAUGGAACGGGACAACAUGAAAAGCAGUCUACAAGCGAUUCAUGGUAUCUGGGGAGUGCCCAAUAAACGAUGUUACAAGCAUGUGACAGACAAAGAUUUCAACUUCUCCUGUUUGGAUUGUAAUGAGAACAUAAAUCGAGAGAUCCGAGCUUUGUGUGGGAGGGGUCAGCAUCUCCGUCGCUACUUCCCACCGAAGUAGAACAAACACGGACCCGAUAUGUCCCGUUAUCAGUGAUGUUUCAUGCACACCUUUUUAUUAAAGUAGGACAGAAUUUAUCACUUUUUCUACCGUUUAAACCAAUGACAUAAUUUAAAUAUCCUAUUUAGGAAUAGCUAUUCUAGAGAUAUAUCCCCAAAAAGUACUAUAUAAUAUAGAGAAAUAUUCAGACCAAAUGAUAUAAUCCCUCAGCAUGAUACAUCUUCAACAUCUGGAAGUCAGUGGGGUCGUGAAAAAGCUUCAAACGUUUGAGGUAAUCAAGUUUAUUAUAUAUAUGUAGAAAUUUUACUCUCAGAACUGAAAUUUUCAUUAAGAUAAGCAGGGUCUUGAAUUAUCAGAGUUUGAGAUAACAAAGCUUGACUGUAGUUACGCUAUGGAGGGACAAUAUCUGGUAUUCUGAAAUUAUCUUAAGUGACUGCUGCUCACAUUGGAACCACGGCAUUAGAAAGUAUUAUAUACAGUGAUAGUGGUACGGUGCUAAAAUAUCCUGUUAAAAUUUUUAUUAAAAAAGAUAAAUAUACAACAUUUUAAUAAUAUGUAUAAACUAUCUAAUUUUAACCAUAUAUUUACUUCACUGCUGAAAUAAAUUACUUAGAAAUAG